CGUGAUAUUGAUAUUAUUCUGGCUCCAUGAACAUACGAAUACCUAGUUAUAACUUAUUUCAAACUCAAAUGACUACCAAUCGCUAAGAAUGGUUCCUUUCCAUUACGUCGCCUCUCCCAGAAAUACAUCAUCCAAUUGUCAAAAAUAUUGAUACAUCCCAAGUAAUAAUUUCAGCUAGAGAAAUAAUUAACAAUCUAUACAAGAUAUAUCCAUCCUCCAAUCAUGUCAGAGCUAGAGGAAAUCAAAGAAAUAAAUCAAUCCGGCAAACUCAUCGCUACAUACAUUCAACCACAUACACAUAGCACUUCUCCCGAUCAGAAAGAUUCUCGAAUCGAUAUCCAUGUAUGUUCUAUCCACCAUUGUCUAUUCUCUUCAGAUCCUCAACUAAUCAUAAUACGCAAUAGAUACCCAAAGGUCCAUCAACAUGGGUCUCAAGCUUGACAGGAGCAUUCCUCCCAGUUGGGUAUCCGGAUAGUGUGACGGAGGACUAUACUGCGUAUGUACUAUGUCCUAUACAUCUUACCUCUUAUAUCUAUUAUGUGAGAAGCGCGCUAGACUAAUAGAGAUUAAUAGAUAUCAAUUUUUUGUGAGGAUUCUUUGAAUGGAAAUGCGAGGAGAUGGGUCUAGGUGUAGGAAUAUGCUGAUUUGAUGAAGGAUUCCGUGCAGGCUUUUGCUAGUACGAUUGCGGGGUUGCUUGCUAGUAGGGCUGUUCUUCAGGGUGGGUGGUCUUUCUUAUUUUGAAGUCUAGUUUGGUUUCCGAGGUGGUUCGUAUGGAGUUUUGUCUGCGUUUCUGUGGAGUGUAUGUUGCAACAGUCUACUGUUUGGAUUUCUUUGGUAUAAGCUUGUCACUGACUAUUGUCUGAGUUGGUACACUAUACUUCUGGCAUCAUCUUAUCUGGAUUUUCUAGGUGCAAUAUUGGCACAAUCUAUUAUUUAAACUCCUUUCGUACAAUCUAACCCAGCUUCAGGACUCGGCGUAGGCGAUUCUACCGCAUCAGCAACCGGAGCAGUUCUCCUUAACAUCCUCCAAGAAUCAGCAGGUCGUAUAGCCACUAUUCUUUUCGCUCACCGACUCGGCAGUGCCCUAGAGCCCGAAUGCAAAAAAUAUCGUCUCAUGGCUGAUAUCUUCAAUGAUGGCGCUAUGAUUUUAGAUUGCAUAUCACCUGCUUUUCCAAAGGCUCCUCGUGUGUUUCUCUUGAGUGCUUCGAGUGUUUGUAAAUCUUUAUGUGGAGUUGCGGCGGGAAGCUCGAAGGCUAGUUUGAGUGCUCACUUUGCUAAACAGGGGAAUUUGGCGGAGUUGAAUGCUGUGAGUCUCCUUACUUUAGAAGGAGUAGAUGAAAUUAACAGAAUUAUAGAAAGAUGCAAGUCAGGAAACUCUCAUAUCCCUCCUUGGUAUGCUGGUAGGAACUUUUGUCGUUUCUAGAAUAUCGUCUCAAACAGCUACGUGGAUCGCUUUAAUUACAUUACUUUCCAUCCAUCUCGGUACGAAUUAUCUUGCUGUACGUUCUGUUACAAUGCGUACUCUCAAUAGACAACGAGCAAACCUAGUCAUCUCAAACUUCAUCUCAGAUUUAAAUGCCGAGAAGAAGACAAGAAUUGAUCUUCCCACCCCAAAAGACAUAUCACACCAAGAACGAAUCUUCGAAACAGAUGGCGCCAUUCGCGAUAUCCAAGGCAUUAUACUCGGCUACUGCAAAAUCGGAGUGAGUCUACGAAAAGUCCUCUCCUCAAUAUCCAGCAAUCCCACCAUCUCCGGAAGCUACAAAGAAGAAGCUCCUCAAAUCAUCAGUUCCCUCUUCAAAAUAUACAAAAACCAAGGCUACAUAAUGUGGUACUCCCGUCGUCAAAACACCUUCCUCGUAAUCCUAAAAGAAAAUACUGCCCCCUCCGUUCAACUAGAUGCUUGGUUUCAUGCUGUGUGGGCUUUAUCCGUUUCUUCUUCUCACUUUUCUCCUAAAUUUGCUGUUGGUAAAUCUUUGAAUGGAAGAAGUAAUCAGGAAAUUUUAAAAUGGAUAGAGGAUUCGCUUAGAGAUUCUUCCUUGUGUAGACAAAAUGCGAAUCUCUACAAGGAGUUACGGGAUAAGGGGUGGGAUCUUGAUACGGCGGCUUUGGAGGUUAGAGCUGGGUGUAGACUUGUUGUUGAGAGGGGAGGGGAGUAGAGUGAGGUUCGAGGUAAAAACUCUCAAUCAGGGAUUAUAUAUUACAAGCCUUGUACGAAUCUUUAGAAAGGUCGUUAAUCAUUCAUUUAUUAUCAAAUA